AUGUUCAGAUCUCGUCUUUCUAUUGGCGUCCGCUACAACUCUUCUCUUGCGACUUCAGCGCAGCUCGUCGAGCGUCUAGCGCGCACAUCUGUUCGCGCCGCUCUGGCCAAAACGGCUGGAGAGGUACCCAAGAGCGAAUCGGUCGAGAACGCGCUUGCAACUGCGAUUGAAGCAGAAGCUGGUAAUGUGCGCUGGGUUCAAGAGCUGCUCAACAAGACUGAGGGUGGCGGAUACAUUGUUCCUGAGGCCGGGCUGCUGAACCAUAACAUCUUUUGGGGCGAUAUGGACACCUUUUCGCACGUCAAUAAUGUCAUGUAUCUGAAGUGGUUUGAAACGGCACGCGUCAACUUGUUUGGAAUCUAUGGCAAGCGAUACCCGCACUUUAACGAGUUCAUGUCGGGCAAAGGAGUGGGACCAAUCAUCCGAUCUUGCGAACUUGCAUGGAGAUAUCCGAUUACUUUCCCCGAUACAAUCACGGUAGUUCAUAAGGUGGAGCCUCUUACACAAAAAGAUCGGUUUUCACUCAAGGGCGUGGUUGUGAGCCACAAUGCGCGCAAGGUGGCUGCGCGUAUUUCUGAAAUAAUUGUAACUGUAGAUUAUGCUAAUGGUGGCGUCAAGGCACCGAUCCCUGACAAUGUGCGCUCGGUGCUUGAGUCCCGGUUGGAGUUGCAAAGAGAGCUUGCUCCAGCAGAAGAUCAAUAA